AUGAACCCGGGAAUUGAUUGCAGGAUACUGAUUGCCGGUGGAGAUGGGACGAUUUCGUUGGCUCUGGACUCGAUCAGCGAAUUGCAGCGAAAGAUACCGAUUGCUGUGUUACCUCUUGGUACUGGUAACGACCUAAGUAGAACUCUUGGAUGGGGGCCUGGUCAUGAGGGCCCCAUCGAUUUUUGCAAGAUUUGUGCUGAAAUGCGAGCCGCGAAGACGGUGAACUUAGACAGAUGGAGUGUCGAAAUCGUUCACAGAAGACGGCUUGGCGUUCGUGCCAAAAAUAAACGUUUCAGUAUGGUGAAUUAUAUAUCGGUUGGAGUGGAUGCGUGUGUUACGUAUGGUUAG